ACCAGCACAGAAAGAGAUGCGAUUAGAGUGGUCUAGGAACCAUUUUUACACAGCACGUGUUUUACCAACGGAAUGUUUUUAGUGUAGCACACAAGCUGUCAAACGCCUGAGUGUUUCCCUCUAAGGACUGCGCUUUUACACGCAGUUUUGGGGAUGUCUCAAUCCGACAGCAGAGGGCUGGUGCUGGGGGUCCUGGCAGGGGCAGCGGGCCUGACCCUGGCUGUGGUGUGGUACCAGAAUCGCAGGUCCAGUACCGGUGGUCGGAUGGUCGCCCAGGAGCUGUACCUGAACAGCAAUGACCGGCACGUGGGAGCCGGCAUGAGCGUUGCUCUGGCCGGGCAGAGAGAAGUUCUGGACCGUCUCGGGGCUCUGAUCCAGUGUGUGUCAGAGCUGAAGGAUGAGGUGCGUGCCCUGAAGACGGCGUUGCCGCUCCUGCAGGACCAUGUCCGAGACCAGCUGCAGGGCGGCUCACGGUCGCGCAGAGCCACUCCCACCCGGAGGAGGCGGAUAGCGGAGGCUGCCAGGCACGAGGGACAAAGCUCCGAGGAGGCAGAGAGCGAGGGCGGCUACAUGACGGCCAUGACGGACUCCGAGGAGGACUCAGAGAAGGAGCGAGAGGCCGAGGAGGAGGAGGAGGAGGCCGGGGCCGAGGAGGAGCACCGGGAGGAGCCGGACGAGCUGACCGCCCUGCUGGAGAGAGCGGACGCCCUGCACGCCGUCGAGACGGAGAGGGGGGGCGGACUGGCCCCGCUGCUGGAGAGGAGAGACCAGGAGCAAAGGGAUAGUGAGCAUAGUGAAGAGCAGAGCAGGGAAGAGACAGUGGACCAGCAGCAAACAAUAGACCAGCAGCAGAUAAUGGACCAGCAUCAGAUAGUAGACCAGCAGCAGACAAUAGACCAGCAUCAGAUAGUAGACCAGCAGCAGACAGUAGACCAGCAUCAGAGAGAGGACGGCAGCGUUUACUCAGAAGCAGAGCUGGAGGAAUGCCAGGUCACUCCGGUGCAGAGGCCAGGAGAGCAGUUUAAAGGCGAUGAGAGUGAAGGUGAGCUGAGCAGGGCAGAGCUAGCACAGGAUCUGAGAGCGCUGCUACACAGAGCAGACUGCUUGCAUGCAGUAGAGGAGGACCGAGCAGCCGCUCUGGCCAUUCUGCUCAGGAGGAGACCAGAGUUUGGACAGAACGAUGCGUUCAUGUGGCGGCUGGCGCGGGCCUACUCUGACGCCCACGACAAGACCCAGGACAAGGAGGAGAAGAAGGAGAUGGCCGAGUCAGGGAAGAAAGCAGGAGAAGAAGCAAUCACAUUGAACCCCAACUGUGCUGAGAGCCAUCAGUGGUUCGCCAUAUUGUGUGGACAGUUAUCAGAAUAUGACACUAUCCAGAAUAAAAUAAAAAAUGGCUACCUGUUUAAGGAUCACCUGGAUCUAGCCAUCGAGCUGAAACCUGAGGACCCUCUCUCCUACUACCUGCUGGGCCGAUGGUGUUACGCCGUUGCACAGUGCACGUGGAUUGAAAGGAAAAUUGCUGCUACUCUUUUUGGAGAGCCUCCCAACGCAACUGUCCAGGACGCCCUGCAGAACUUCCUCAAGGCUGAAGAGAUCUGUCCACAAUACUCGAAAUCCAAUCUCGUCUUCCUGGCAAAGUGUUAUAAGGACCUGGGCCAGAAACAGCAGGCCAGAGAGAUGUGCAGCACAGCAUCCUGCAUUGACAACACUACUACAGAGGACGAUGAGGCUCAAAAGGAGCUGGACUCCCUUCUCUCCUAUCUGUAGCCACACGGUUACUGUAUUACACUGAUCACACUGAAGCAGAACUACGUUUUCCUGACUUCCACCUCAAGCUGACCUUACCAGCUUGACCAAACGUUGGCGUCAAUGUGAAGAAAAUUGUGAAUAUUUUAUUUUUUUGUCAGUGUGCUUAUUUAGUUGAGUUUUAACUUGUACUUUGAAAGAACAAUUGUGGGGGGGGGGGGGGUGUACACCUACAUGUACAAACUACUGUAACUGCACUGCAGAUAUUAGAUUAUUAUCAUGCCCAUCAUGUUGAUAAGGAACAGUACAGAAGUAACAUGAUCACAGUUGUGUUGGGUGCACAAACAAGGAACGGAACGCUAUGGCUGACUGAGUUUUUGUCUGGGUCACACCUGAUGGUGUUUGCUUACCUUUGAUGCCCAUUAUGACUGAACAAAACAAAACAAAACAAAACAAAACAAAAAAAAAAACAGUGGAGUUUCCAUAAAGUUCCCUGGGAGAGGGGAGCGUACCCAGUCUGGUACCCAACACCACUGAAGAAUAAGAAGAAGAAGAGCUGUCUGGAUCGCUGGGGCGGUUAUCUGCGUCCUGACCUCUCCACUGCCACAACAAUCCCGUUGGCUUUUGUCGUUUUCAGCACAUUCUUACCUCUAAUGGCAGCAGCAGCAACAACCGGAAAAGGAAAACAAAAAAUGGGACUCAAACAAUAGAGCACCCAAACAAGGCUUUUCAUUCAGUGGCCAACACCUGACCCCUCCUGUCUGAUCUGUCCCCCUCUCUCUCUCUCUUUCUCUCUCGCUCUCUCUCUCACACACUUUUUCUCUCUGUGUCCCCAUUUAUGCAUGUGUGUGUGGGGAGGGGGGGCCUCUCCCACUGGUCAGAUGGACCAUUGACAUUUGCUACACCUUUGUCCCAGUUGUGGGACAAAUGGGGCUGUCAGUCAGGGGCUGACCCCUCUGAAGCGAGGCCAGCGCUCCCGUCCUCUGUUUGGGGGUAACAAGCGGCUCCGUCGCCCCCCAGUGCACACCAGCACCCCGGCGUCUCACGCCCCUCACUAAUCCGGGCAGCGAAGGAGAACGAGCAGGGGAUGGAGGCAGCUCGUCUGACAUUUUGUCCUUUUCCCUUUCAUUCUUUCGUUCUUUCUUCCUGAACGAGAAUCGUUGUUUUUUUACAUUCCCUACUGCAUGUUAUGUCACAUGUUUUUUUUAUCACAGUGACUGGAUUACUGUCAUUAUUACCAGUCAAUGCUGUUGUCAUGGCUUAAGAAGCCGGCUCAUAUAACUCUAUAUCUCCUGGACAUGUAUCAUCGGAAGGGGAGAAAAGAAUAUUGAUGUACUCAAUUUUAUGAAAAUGUAAAUGAUUUCUAUGGAUAUCAUAAAGUGUGCUGUUAUUUUUUUGUUGGAAGAGAUAUAAUAGAGGAAAUUGAAUGUUAGAGUUGCAUUAGAAGAGGCCUGGGGCUUGACCUAAUCACAUAUUUGGCCCUCCUGAGAUCAAAUUACUGUACUUGCAACAUGUCAACAUAAAAGAAGCGAUUUUAUGUCUUUAUAUUUUCCUUUUAUUUAGACUUUAUUUUUCAUUAGAUUUGUAUUGUUGAGCAACAGGAAUGUUCUUGGGGUAAUUUGGAAUUUAGAGCUGCAAUAUUUUAUGAAUUACACUACAAGGAAAUUGUAAUGUAAGCAAAUUACUAUUAACAAAAUGUACAUAGAAUUCUACACAGAUGAUUAUAUUUACAUUGUAAAUGUUAACACAGCAAUUACAGGUUAUCAUUAAAACGUGUUCAUCCAU